AGUGUAUUAGAGAGGUUCAUAGAAUAAGCUGUAUGCCGAUGACUAUUUAGUAUUAAUAUCGUUUACAUGCUAACUUCCGCAUUUAUGUACCAAUUCCGAUAUUCCGAUUCAAUGUAAAACUAAGUUAAGCUAAUAUAUGAUGAUAAGGAUAUUGAAAAGAGCAGAGAACGGUCACACUGCGAUAUAAGAGAGCUAGCGAGCACAUGUGUAAAUUUAAGCCAAUAUAAAGAAUACAAAUAAAAAGUGAAACAGAACGGCAAUAACAACUUCAGAAGUGGGAUUGACACCUUUUUAAACACCCGCCUACAUUUCUGGUUAUCUGAGGACACACAGUUUUUUUUUCUGAAAUGGACAAGAAACAAAUUGUUGAGUGGCUACAAGCCAAUGAAAUCUUGUUCCCAGCAAGUGCAACUUUAAGGCAAUUGCGCAAGCUUGCGUUGGAUGCCGGUUGCCAAGAAGCGGCUGAUAUCCCGGAAAACACAUUGGAGGAAGAAGACGCCAAAAUUGAUAUACUAAGUCAAGGAACCGCUAGCGAAGACAUACACAUACACACAUUGGAAGAAGAAGAAGCAUUGCUUGACGCCGCCAUAAGGGUGGCUGAAAAGAAAAAGAUAUUGGCCGGAUUGAUGCAAAACAACAACAAGACGACAGAUGACAUUAGAAUGGUAAAGCAGCUCAUGGUCCCGUUUUCUGCCACUGAAAAUGAGGAAGCUCUUAAGUGGAUUUUGGAUUUUGAGAGAAUCUGCAGAGAUGUUAAUGAGUGUAAAAAUUUUCAAUUGCGCUGCGUACGAAUGCUUAUGAAACCGGGCACAGAUGCGGACUUGUUUGUGCGUGUUGACCGAUCGAGUACUUACGACGAAUUUAAGAAAAAUUUUAUAGAAACAUUUGGUCAUGGCAGUUCAACUGCUGAUAUUGUAUUGCUGUUAAAGGAAACCAUUUUUAACCCUGCGAAGAACACCGUUAUGGGAUACAUACUUCUUAUGGAGGAAAUUGCUAUGCGUGCUAAUAUCGACGAAAAAUUGACAGUCCAGUUCAUCAUUGAUGGUUUUCGUGAUCGUUCAGCCAAUAUCGCCCUAUUGUACACAGCUACAACAAUCGGACAAUUGAAAGAGUUGGCUCGGAAGUAUGCAAGUCUAAGUAAGAAGUCGCACAAUUUUUCCCACCGUGCAGAAAGUUCUGGAAAUGAGCGGAACACAAUCCGCUGCUAUAAUUGUUCCGCUUAUGGGCAUUACGCUUCGUCGUGUACUGCGUCGAAACGCGAGAAGGGGUCCUGUUUCCGUUGUGGAUCCCUCCAACAUAUGCUGAAGGAUUGUCAACAGAAGCCUACAAUUAAUCCGCGGAUGGUGGGCGCAGCCAACAACCAGCCGAUUCGAGAUGACGAAGAGCGGCACAAUAUGUUUAUUCCGAUUGUUAACCAGCGCCAUUAAUUUAAUUCAGCACGCUGCGAUUCCUUAUAGUAACUUUAGCGAUGUAUUGUUUCCGACGGACUACUGUGGAGUUAAUGGAUUUAAAAUUAAAACUUUCGGGAAAAUAUUUGUUAGAAUUAUUUUUCAAAACAGAGAAGAAGAAAUUUCAUUUUUUGUUGUACCCAACAACUAUGUUGCAACUAAUGUUCUUUUAGGACGUAAGUUUUUGGAAAAAUUUGGAAUAAAAUUGAUUUUUAAGGAUAAGAUAAAAGAAAUUGUAGAAUUGCAUUUAUUUAAGAAUAUUGAAGCAUAUCGAGACAGUGAACCAUUGAAGAGUUUAGUGAAUAUUGAAGCAUAUCGAGACAGUGAAUCAUUGAAUAGAUUGAACAUUGACAGUGAACCAUUGAAGAGUUUAGUGAAUAUUGAAACAUAUCGAGACAAUGACCCAUUGAAAAGCAGUAGAAGAUUUGAAGAAUUAUGUAAUGAGAGUAAAAUAGAUAGUAAUGAUAGCAUACCAUACAUAUAUAGUAUUGAUGUAUUUAAGGAUGAUGAAAGUAUUGACAUUGACCCGAAGUUAAGCGAUAAGGAUAGGUGCGAACUAAAUGAAAUAAUAAGAUUAAAUUACUUAAAUUUAUCCAACAUCCCAGCUAUCCAACAUAGCUAUGAAAUGAGACUAAGACUUAAGUCGGAAGAGCCUGUACGAUCUGUACCAAGAAGACUUUCAUAUCAGGAAAAGAAAGAAGUAGAUUUAAAAAUUGAUGAGUUAUUGAAAAAGGGAUUCAUAAGAGAAAGCAAUUCGCCCUAUAGUUCCGCUAUUGUACUUGUUAAGAAAAAAUCCGGAGAAAAGCGUAUGUGUGUAGACUAUAGACAACUUAAUAAGAUAACCAUUCGUGAUGGAUACCCGCUUCCUCUCAUAGAUGACUGUUUAGAAAGAUUAGAAGGAAACAAAUAUUUCACACUUUUAGAUUUGAAAAGUGGAUACCACCAAGUGAAAGUAGCAGAAAGUUCAGUGCAGUAUACAGCUUUUGUAACACCCUCCGGUCAAUAUGAAUACACAAGAAUGCCUUUCGGACUCAUGAAUGCACCCGCAGUAUUCAUGAGAUUUAUUAACUUUAUUCUGCAACCUUUGAUUCGCGAAGGAAAUGUAGUAGUCUAUAUCGACGAUAUUGCUAUAGGUUCGAAGACAUUGAAUGAACAUUUUACGACGGUAGGAAGAGUUUUACGAAUUUUAGCAGAGUACCGAUUGGAAAUUAAGGUAUGUAAAUGCCAGUUCGCUUACGAAAGCAUUGAAUUUUUAGGGUACACACUCAGUGGAAAAGGAAUCAGUCCAAAUUAUGAGCACACAUCAACUAUUAAACAUCUUCCGAUACCAAAAGAUCGCCACGGAAUGCAAAAAUGCUUAGGAUUAUUUUCGUACUUUAGGAGAUUUAUUCCGGCAUAUUCAAAAAUAGCGAAACCAUUGCAAGAGCUCACAAAAGUAGGCGCUAAGUAUGAACUCAGUGAAGAUUGCAUCAAUAUUUUUGAAUAUCUUCGGGAGAAAUUAAUUUCAUUUCCUAUACUAUCUUUGUACAACCCGAACCGAGAAACUGAAUUGCAUUGCGACGCAAGUAGCGAGGGAUUUGGUGGAAUCUUAUUGCAAAAACAGGAUGAUAGCAAGUUCCACCCAAUAGCCUACUUUUCACAAAGAGCAACAAAAUUAGAGGCAAGAU